AUGGCGGUAGAAAAGUCAAAGUCAGGCAAGGCGUCGGCCGGACCUCGACGCAGGCGACAGAGAAAAACGAGAACUCUUGCCCUUUCCUCACGCGAUGACUCCGACUCCUCCCCAUCAUCUUCAUCUUCCAGCAACGACGAUUCGGAAAGCGAUGAGGCAAAUACGAAGUCUGCGAAUAGGGAGUCACCUCCACCCAAGAGGGCGCCUUCGGCUUCCUCAUCUUUGUCGUCAUCUUCUUCAUCCAGCUCUGCGAAUUCCACAUCGUCGUCAGAGAGUAACGGGUCCGACCCGGACUCACCCGCUGCUCGCAAACGCACCUCAAAGAAUCGCACUACUGCACCGAGUGAUAUCAUGCAUGCUUCAGCGGCAGCCUCGUCAUCAGGAAAGCACAGGCAUGUCUUCAGAUUAACACCCGAGCCAGAAUUGGACGAGGCGGACUCCAUUCCCGUCAAGAAGCGCACGAGUCACAGAGAGCAGGCCAUAAAAGCUCUUGAACCGGCAAAACUUAAACUUCCUUCGCGAUGGCAGCACAUCGUUAACGCAAUGAAAUCGUCACCUUCGAGCAAACGAGAUUUCGAGGGCGACAGCACGUCCAACACGCAGCAGUCCAAGGCCCAGCAAGAGCGCCGUCGACAGGCCUUCCGCUCGCUCUGGCUCAAAGCCAUCGCUAAUGAAUUUGAAGAUGAGCUCGACAGCAUUCGUACCCGCGAACCCUCUCUUGGUGCAGACGGUGGUACAAGGCUUCCGCUCUUCAUUGAUGCUCUUGCGUAUGGCUCAGAGCUUUUCACUGCGCCGUCAGGUAAAGAGCAAGUUCAUGGACGCACGGACGACAUUGACGAGCUAGCACUCACCGCGAACCUGUGA